UUUAUAUUUACUAAAAAUGAAAAAAAUUGCCAUUGUGUUCAGUCUUUUUGUGUUAUUUGAAAUUAAUGUUAAUGGAUUAAACCUUCCUGGACCAUUAGUGUACGUAGUAACACCUUCGCCGCAUUCACCUGGAGCUGACAAAGGAAGAUCAGCGCCAUUUUACUAUCAUAAUUGGAUUAAAAGGAUUGAUUCACCGCAAAAUGUGACCACUACGAUUUCUACACCGAAACUGAAGGUCAAAACUCCUGAUUUGAUUUUCGCUGAGUUUGAAUCUGAUAACAGCGAUAAUAUGAAGAAAUCAAUACGAAAGCUUUUAGAAAAGGAAAAAACAGAAAUUAAGACAAGUACUACAAUGGGAUCCAUAUACGUACCCGAUGAAGAUAUAAAUAGAAACUCACAUAAAACUUAUGAAACUACAACAGAAAAAAUGGAAGAAAAAUCACAAUCUACUAGUAAUGAUAUGACAGAUUAUUUUGCUUUGUAUAAUAAUUUGUACAAUAACGAUCCCCCUGCUCCUGUAUACAUCUCAUCUACUAUGGCUUCAUCAUCCACUACUACAACAGCAGCACCAGCUGAUGUGGAAAAUGUUUGGCACAUAAUCGAUAGUGAAAAAUAUAACCAGUAUUCUGGUAAAUGGAAUGAAAUACCUAUUACGUCCGAAACAAAUCAAGAUACCAUGGAAGAUAGUAAAACAAAUAGCAACAAAGAAACGUAUCAACAAAAACAGGAGGAUAAUGCAGUCGAUGAAAACUUUGCUUUACCUGGAUUUGGAACUAAUCCUGGAAAUGGAGCAGAGAAUGAAUCACGAGCAAUUCGAACAGAACAGAAUAUUCGUUUUCCAUAUGUCAGUUUAAAACCGUUUCAGAUGAAAAACUUAAAGAAACCCCUAUCCAAUAUUUUUACUAAUAGUAAAAAGGGGAACAAUAAUAUGUUCACUAGUUUAGAUAACUUUCAAGAAAUUAAAAACCCAGUUAGAGGUGAGGCUCAAGACAUUGAUAUUGUUCGUCAACCUAUUGAACGUUAUAAUCCAGCACAGCCAUAUCUACCCCAUGAUUAUGGAAGUAAAUCUAAACAAUCUAGUCCAAUUGCAACACCAAUGAAAACAGUCGCUAACUUGGUACCACCGCCACCUCCACCUCCACCUAAAUUGACUGCAGAUGAUUUUCCUUCACCUACAAACUACGAAUCGUUUCCUCCUUAUGCUGUACCAACUGCUGAUUCUGUUCCAAUGGUAUCAUCUCCAGCAGUAAAACCUACUGCUAUAUCGUACCAGCCUCCAGCUGAAACAUCUAAUGAUUCCGAGUUUGAUGCACCUCCCACUGAUAGUGACAACGAUGACAUGUCAAUGGCAUUAGGAUAUCGAUAUAAACCUCCUGCCUUUGUACCAACACUUCCAUCAGUAAAAAAACCAUAUGACGGUUACUCUUAUGAUAAGCCACUUAUGGCUAUGGAUACUCCACCAACUAUGAAUACUGGAGGCUAUUCCUACAAUAAACCUGCAAUGUCUUUAGAUAGCCCUACCGUAAUGAACAUGGGAACUUAUAAUAAACCAGAUCCAACCAUGGAUUCAAUGCCUGAAGAUAAGCCUGAUUUUCACGGAUAUAAUUAUAAUAAGCCGCCACCUGUGUCACCACCAGAAGAUCAUGCGCCGUUUCCUACCUACGGGUAUCACGAUCAUGGACCACCUUCUUAUCAUCAUGAAUCUGAUUACCCAGAACUGAUAUUUGAUAAACCACAUGGUGGAAUGGAUGACUCAAAGAAUGGAGGUGAUACUAAAGGCGGAGAUGAUACAAAAGAUAUAGGUAUGAUGCCUCCGCCGCCACAACCGCAGCAAGAUAUGAAACCGGACAUGGAUUCCAGUUCAAUGGACGAUCAUGGUUUUCCACAUGACUUUCCUGGUGAUUUAAAAUAUCACGACUUUGAUGACCAUGACUUCUAUCACCAUCAUCAUCAUCAUCAUACGACAACGACAACAACUACUACUGAAAUGCCUCGUGUAAAUAGGUACAGUUAUUAUUAUUUGGGGAAAAAGUUAUACUAUUUACCACUGUAUUUUAGUGUGUAUUUCAUAGUUUACGUAGGAGCAUUAAUAAUUAAGGCCAUUCUGAGACACAAAAUUGUUUAUCCAAAUAGUUGGCGUCCUAAUGAUCAGACUGCUUCAUUUUUCUCUAAACGAUCUGUAGAUUCUUGGAAUUUUUCUAAUGAAACUUUACACGAGGUAACAGGUAGAGUAACGAGAGCUAUUGCGAAGGCAGCAGAAAAAUAUAUGACUGAAAAUACGAAAGUAGAUAAAUAAAAUUAUGACAAAUACUUAAGUAGAAAGUAAGGUGUUGUGGACUGGACAUAUUUAAUGUAAGCCGUGUAAAGUUGUUCAUGUACUGAAAUGUAUAAAUAUCAUUUAAAUAUUGUUCAUUAUCACAACAAUGUUAAUUUAGAUGUAAAAAAAAAGAAAUAUUAUUUGUAGGUGAAACUAUGUGCUCAAUAAAUUUAUAGACUUUUUAUAUUUAUUCGUUUUAUUACUCAUAAAAAAUGUUUCAGCUUCAUUAUUUAGGGCAAAUAAUUUUAUUAAUAGAGUUGAUCCAUUAUGUUGUAAAAAUUCUUAAACUUUAUA